UUAUGGUAAAGGAAACGAUAUAAUUCAUAUAGCUUCCGUUUUUUCUCCUUCUUCUCUCUCCCCCUGUCUGUGUCAAACCCCUCUUCCAUAGUUGUGCUCUCUCGUAAAUAUUGGUGUUAGCUGUGCAUCUUUCUCUCUCCUUCUCUCACAUCUAGAAGGGAUGAUUUGACCUGGGUUUCCUCUGUGCUAUUUAUGUGCUUGAGAGACGGAGAUGUUUGAUUGUGGUCUGAAGUCGCAAUACUUGAGUGGUCAACGUGAGAAGUUUGUAAGGUUAGACGACUUGGACUCUAGAUUAUCAUCACCAUCUGAUACAGGAGGGAGAAAGUGUGGAUUUAAUAUUGACGGAAUAGGUGGUUCUCGGCAUGCUAGGGAUACAACGCCUAGAUCAUUUAAAGAAGGGAUGAUAAAGGGUUCUGAAGGACUAAAGUCAAUUGGUCGAUCACUUCGAUUUGGAGUUGCUCGUGCAGUGUUCCCCGAAGAUCUUAAAGUAUCAGACAAAAAGAUAUUUGAUCCUCAAGACCAAUUUCUCUUACUAUGGAAUAGACUGUUUGUGAUAUCAUGUAUUCUGGCAAUAUUUGUGGAUCCUUUGUUCUUUUAUCUUCCAGUUAUAAAUAGUUCAUCACAUUGUCUUGGUAUUGAUAGAAGGUUAGCGAUCACAGCGACAACAUUGCGAACAAUCGUUGAUGCUUUCUUUCUUAUCCACAUAGCUCUCCAGUUCCGAACAGCUUAUAUUGCUCCAUCAUCUCGGGUAUUUGGACGAGGUGAACUUGUGAUAGAUUCUGCACAAAUAGCUAAGCGAUACUUACGGGGAUAUUUCAUUGUUGAUUUUUUAGCUGUGCUACCCUUACCACAGAUAGUGGUCUUGAGAUAUCUUCAGCAGUCUGACGGGUCAGAUGUUCUUCCUACAAAACAAGCAUUGUUUUUCAUUGUCUUACUCCAAUAUGUUCCCAGAUUGCUUCGAGUGUUACCGUUAACUUCAGAAUUGAAGCGAACAGCCGGUGUAUUUGCUGAAACUGCUUGGGCAGGUGCUGCAUACUAUCUGCUAUUGUACAUGCUAGCUAGUCAUAUAGUUGGGGCGUUUUGGUAUUUUCUUGCCUUAGAACGCAAUGAUACAUGCUGGCAGAGGAGCUGCAAGAAACAGACUAAUUGUAAUACACAUUUCUUAUAUUGCGGCAAUCAAAACUUGCCAGGUUAUAACGAUUGGCAUGGCAAUAAUCAAAGUGACGUCCUGAGUAAUUGCUCAACGAAAGGAGACAAUUUUGAUUUUGGAAUCUAUGAAAAUGCCUUAUCAUCUGGUAUUGUUUCAUCCAAGAAGUUUAUUUCUAAAUACUGUUACUGUUUAUGGUGGGGACUACAAAAUUUAAGUACUCUUGGCCAGGGGCUUCAGACCAGUACCUACCCUGGAGAGGUGAUAUUUUCCAUUGCACUAGCUAUAUUUGGGCUCAUCCUCUUUGCGCUUCUUAUUGGCAACAUGCAGACCUAUCUGCAGUCCCUUACCAUAAGGCUAGAGGAAAUGAGGGUGAAAAGGCGCGAUUCAGAACAGUGGAUGCAUCAUCGCUUGCUUCCCCAAGAUCUCAGGGAGCGAGUUAGGCGUUACGAUCAAUACAAGUGGUUGGAAACGCGAGGGGUUGAUGAGGAAAGCCUGGUUCAAAGUCUACCUAAGGAUCUUAGGCGAGAUAUCAAGCGACACCUCUGUCUCGCCUUAGUGAGAAGGGUUCCUCUCUUUGAGAACAUGGAUGAGAGACUUCUUGAUGCCAUUUGUGAGCGACUGCAACCAACUUUAUUUACAGAGAGUACUUACAUUGUUCGGGAAGGAGAUCCAGUUGAUGAAAUGCUUUUCAUUAUUCGCGGACGGCUUGAGAGUGUAACUACAGAUGGUGGGAGGAGUGGUUUUUUCAACCGCAGUUUACUUAAAGAAGGCGCUUUCUGUGGUGAGGAGCUUCUAACCUGGGCUCUGGACCCAAAAUCCGGCGUUAAUCUCCCAUCUUCAACUCGGACAGUGAGAGCGUUGACAGAAGUUGAGGCUUUUGCUCUCAUGGCCGAGGAGCUGAAAUUUGUGGCUAGUCAGUUCCGGCGCCUCCACAGUAGGCAGGUUCAACACACAUUCCGUUUCUACUCACAGCAAUGGAGGACAUGGGCUGCUUGCUUCAUCCAAGCAGCUUGGCGCCGGUAUUCCAAGAGAAAAGCAAUGGAGCUGCUUCGUCGGAAAGAGGAGGAAGAAGAAGCAGGGGCCAGAGCCAUUGCCAGUGCAGGCACGUAUAGCCUUGGCGCCACCAUUUUAGCUUCGAGAUUCGCUGCAAAUGCUCUUCGAGGAGUUCAUCGGAAUCGGAAUGCAAAGACUGCUAGGGAGCUGGUCAAACUACAGAAGCCUCCAGAGCCGGAUUUUACUGCUGAUACAGACUGAUUUAUAUAGUGUAUAAUGACGGCUCAUUUAUGUAUCAUUGUUAACUAUUUUGCUUAAACAAACAAACGCACAAGAAAGAAUGUAAUGAUAAAGUAAUAUGGUCUUUUUUUU